AUGGAUCAACCUCAUGGCUACGGCUCGUGGACCAUGCAGCCAAACAGCAACCCGGAGCUGCCAUGGCAUCUCGGGCCAAGCGACCCUUCGCAAAACAUCAUGCAGACCUCGAUGCCCUCGCUUUACGCCUCCUCCGCCUCAUCAUCUUCUGAUCCUGCUGUUUCGUCCAUAUACCCAGGCUUCGUAGGAAAUCACCACCACUUCUUUCAACAGCACCAACAGCAGCAGCACCAGCAGCAGCAGCAGCAUCUCCUACAACACUACCAGUCGUCCCAGUAUCCGCAACAGCAAGUGCAGCAAUACCAAGCAGCAGCCACCUCUCUACCCUCCGCAUCGACAACGCAUCAUGACGAUUCGAUCUCAGUCGACGCCGCAACCAUACGUGGACUACAGGCGCUCUUCCCCGACGCUGCCCCCAACAUGCUCAGGGACGCCGCGCUUGACUCUCAUCCAUCAAUGGCGGUGGCACCUUCCUAUUCGCAGCAACCCUCUCAGCAGGACGUGUACAGUGCUCAAUCGGAUCACACGCUUGCCAAUGCCUUGGACUUUACGAGACCAUCUUCUGCGCCUCAACAAGCAAUUCCGAACCCGCUGUAUGCUUAUCCGCAGUCUGCCUCUCCCUUACCGCCAGCGUCGAACCAUGUAUCAAACACCCCGCAAACAAACAAUGCAACGCCACAAGCACAAGCAAACGCAAGCGCAUCGGAUCCACAACCGAACAAGAAAGCGACAAGCACCAAGCUGCGUCAAUCGGAACUCACUUUCCUUCCAGGCAUUGCCUCAUCUGUGAGCAAAGAAGCACCUCGGUCGAUCCCUGCGCCCAUCGCCAUCCCUCCGACUCAAGCCGUGUCCGAUCUGGCAUUCGAACCCACCACACCUCCGAUCCCUCCUGCCAAAGCAUUGGUGACCAAGCCAACGGCCGGUGGAGCAAGCAUCAUUAAUGACCUCACCAAGGCCAGUGCAGUACCUCCCGCUAGCGUCGACAGUUUAUUAUGGACCAAAGCAAAGCAGCCCUUGUCUCGCUUGUCGGUCGAGCGUUGGCCCGAAGCAUCAGCACGCCAACUUGUGCAAAUGCUUUGUGCUGUCGACUCGGAUGGCAAGUUCCGAAAACCUAUUUCAACGGGCGCCGAAGUGCGCAAGACGAUCCUCGAGACCUUGAAUGCGAUUGCGACUCUCGAGAAAGGUCGAGGUUUCACUGAACACGGUCGCAAAAAGUUCUUUGGGAGCUGGAUGUCGAUCCCAGGAGGCCGUCAUGUCCUCGCGACCUGGUUGAAGCAGACAGUCCCGCCCAAGAAGGUGUCGGAAGGCACUGCAGACAUGAGUCGACGAUACAAAGAGACGCUGAUACUACUGCUCAGCAUUCUCGACUUUGUUGACAUCAAGAAGGCCUACCUCACCGACGAAGCAGGUCUCGGCAAAGCUAUCACCGGCGUCUCGCUCCGUGCAGUGGAUCCGACGGCGCGCAAGCUGGCCGAAAAGCUCAAGGCAAAGUGGACGAAAGUCAUCGACGAGGAAGAGUCGACCAGACGUCCUGUCUCGACUUCUGCCUCGACUUUUGCCUCGACUUUUGCCUCGACUUCUGCCUCGACUUCUGCCUCUACUGCUGCAUCCUCGUCGUCGUCGACGGCGGCCGCCAAGCGAAAGCCCAGGGAGAACUCAGGUACGAGUGAAACGAGCACAAAGCGUUACAAAAGCGCAGCAUCGACUCCUUCCACCGCAUCAGGCGCUCGAACGACGACAACGGCCAAAUCGACGAGGGCUUCUGCCGCAAGCAAUGCCAAAUCAGGACUACCCUUCUUCGCUUCAGGCACUACGAUCAAGAAACCUGCAGGUGCGACCGGCGCAUCAUCCAGCGCGGGCAGUAGUCGCGCUGGUUCAGACUCGUCUUCAGCUGGAGGUGCUGGCAGGAUGAAGGCGCAUCAAAGCGUCAUGAGCCUGAUGGACAAGAUAAGCGGUGGAAAUGCCAGCGAUCGUGCCGCUGCGGGAAGCAAGGAAGGAGAAGGAUCGUCUGCUAGUGCUCAGGAGAAGAAGAAAGUCAAGAAACGCGUUAGCUGGAAGGAUGACAGCGAGCUCGUCGCAGUCAAAUUGAUCGAGCCAGCAGACUACGGUCAAGACGAGGAGGAAGACUUUGCCGAGACGGCGGCUCAGACGGCAGCGGUGGAUGGGCAUGACGAGGGUCUUGCUCUGCGCCAGUCGGUCAGCACGAUGGAAGAACAGAUGGACUGGUACGAGCCACGAGAGGUGCUCGUCCCCAUGAUUGUUUACGAACCUGUUGGAAGCGAAUCAGUCGAAGGUCCCUUCCAGACACAACGCAAUGCACAAUUGGAGGAGAAGGUCUACCAAGAAGGGCAAGAGCCUGAAAGUCCGGAUGAGAGCCAGCUCAAACAGCCUGGCUCGACGUCUGACACCCCAGCAGAACUCAAAGAUGUCGAAACUGUCGAGAUUCCAACGCCUUGGAUGGACGAGGAGGUGGAGGAGCGCGCAAAUGAAGUGGAGCAAACAGGGCAUAUCGGUAGCGAAGGCGACGUCAAGAUCGAAUCAGGACCUCUGGCGACUGGGAUCGACGUCGGCGCGUUGCUUGCCAACAUUAAGCCUGUUCUGAGUGCAGCAAAUGGCUUGUCGGCAGGCCCAGGGCGAGCAGCAAGUUGGACAUCCACAUCUGCUUCGAGCUCAGCGUCCGCAGCUCCACCCAGCUUCGACGCCAAUCAGAUCCGUUCGCUCUUGGAUGCGACCGAGGGAAGCGGGCCCACUUUGAACGCUGUAAAUGCGGCAAUGGCCUCUCAGAACAUGACGAGCGGGAAUCUCUCUGCAUUGCUCGCAAGUCUGUCCUCUACUGUCAAUGGAUCGCAGGCAAGCGCACCGUCAGGCGUUCAAGGCGGAAGCAGCGGCGGUGGCUGGGAUCAAAGUCAACACGCUUACGGUGCCGGCGCAAACAAUCGCGUGCAAGAAAGCUACCCGGGCGAGUACAAGCGCGACUACACGCAGUCAUCGUCGCAACACUAUGGACAAGCGUCGCGUUUGUACGAUUACCACAACGCUCAGUCUGGAUGGGAGAGCGAAGGACUGACCAACUAUGGCGGCGGCAGUAGCAACUACGCAGGCAGUUCGCACACGAGGCCAUGCAAGUUUUUCGCACAGGGCAACUGCUUCCGGGGCGACUCGUGCCGUUUCCGACAUGGUUGA